GAAUGUGGGUGCUGUCGGGCAGUGUCGGGUGCAAGAAGCAGAUCAAUAGGCGGGCGACCAAGGCAGGGGUGGAGAGCGCGGUGCGGUGCGCGGCGCAUCGUUAAACCACUCUCGACCCGUUCGCAGCCCCGGCAUCACGCUCCAACGACCCAUCUUACCCGAUAGUUGACAUAAUAUCCAUCAAGUAGCGCUCUCCGCUGAACAUCAUGGAGCUCAAGUACUGGUGGUGGAUGAUGGCAGGACUGGCCCUCUUAUCGGUAGCGGUAGUUGCCGCAGAUGGCGAGGUGUGGGAGGAGAAUGACCAUGAAGUUCUCAUUCGAAGCGCAAGAGGCGCAAAAAAUAGAGAGGCAUGUCGAUAUGUGCGCGGUGCUUGGAGCGAAUGUGACUCCAAAACGAAUAUCCGCUCAAGGAAGUUGACUCUGAAAAAGGGCGAUCCGGCUAACUGUGAAGUUGUUAAAACCAUCCAGAAAAAGUGCAAGAGAACUUGCCGCUAUGAAAAGUCAUCUUGGAGCGAAUGCAGCAUCAAUGGGGAGAUGUCCAGGACCGAUAAGCUAAAGUCCAACAGCGAUUCGACUUGCGACCAAAGUAGGCGCAAAACUCGGAAAUGUAACAAGAAUAAGCAAGUCAAGCUUGCUAAAGAUAAGGGUACAGUGAAAAAGAAACUCCAUUAGCGGAUUACUUAAAGUCCAUUUUUCUUGUGAUUCAUUAGUAUUUUUGUUUCGCAGGUCGCAGAAAUCGCCAGUAAGGACAUGGGCUGCUUUGAAAAUUUUACGAUAAUUAUUAAUGAACAAUGUUUAUUCGUUGAUUCUCAUUUAUAUCUAAGCCUAGUGCCAAGUAGUUAUAUAGCUAAAUAUGAGAUUUCUUUUAAUCUUUCAAUGAAGCAGUAACUUUUACACUAGUUACAAUUUUUAUUACAAAAUCAAUUUAUCUCAAUACUAUUGGUAUUGUAUUAAUGUUAGAACUUUUUAGUAGAAUAUAUGUUUUAUUAAUUGUGGUAAGUUAAAUCUUUGAUAAUAAGAUAAUAAAAUAAGUACUUAAAA